CAAGGCAUGAGGUAGACCGACACAAUGGCGGACGGCGUGGACAUCGAUUUGUAUGCAGAUAAUUUAGAGGAUGAUUUCCAUCAAGAUGCCGACUUCAAUGGUGGUGGAGUCGACCUCUAUGAUGAUGUCAUAACAUCACAUUCAACCUCACAAGACCAUUCCACAGAAGAGCAGCACCACCCUCAGUCAGAUGGCCAAGAGACCAAACCUCGUGUGCCUGCAGGGACAACAGCUUACACAGGGAAAAGAGUGUCACUUUAUGUGGGCAAUAUGACCUGGUGGACCACAGAUCAAGAUCUGACUGAUUGUAUCACAAGUUUAGGAAUCACAGACCUCCUGGAAAUUAAAUUUUAUGAAAACAGAGCUAAUGGACAGUCUAAAGGGUUUGCUGUGGUAACUUUUGGGUCUGACUCAUCUUCACGUAUAGUAAUGGAGAAGCUCCCCAGGAAGGACCUCCACGGCCAGGCCCCCGUGGUGACCCACUGCAAUAAACACAACCUGUCUCAGUUUGAGAACCAGUCGCGGAAACCAGAUGCUUCUCCUAGCCAGGACAGAGACAGGGACAGAGACAGAAAUGACAACAGAGACCGAGAUCGAGACAGAGAUAGGGACAGAGGUUACCAGGAUAACCGAGGUCCUCCAGGCAGGAAUCACCCCCAGGGAGGUGGUGGGCGCGGGCGUGGCAACCCCUACCCACCCAGGGGGCAGAGGCCAGCAGGACCCCCAGGUCCCCAGGGACCACCCCCUGGAGCUCCAGGAGGACCACCACCACCACAUUUUGGAGGCCCCCCACGCCCUGGCCCCCCUGGUCCCCAGGGCCCCCCUCCCCCAGGAAUGCAGGGUGGACCUCCCCAUAGACAACAAGGGCCUCCACCAGGAAUGGUUCCCCGUGGUCCCCACCCAGGGGGAAUGAGAGGCCCAACCCCACAAGACCCCAGAGCUGGCCCACCACGGCCCGAGUGGGACAGACCCCCUG